AUGCGAAGAAGCAAAAAGAUGGGGCUACUCUUUACCUUUCUUAUUUUUUCAUUGGUCAUUUAUGAGGAAGCCUAUGUGACCAUUUAUUAUCUAUUCAAGAAUUAUUAUAAUACUACGAUCAUCCGUAAUAUUACUGUUAGAAGACCUGAAGAUCAAAAAUCAAUUUCGAUAGCAAUAAUUACCGUUCUGUUGAAUCGCAGUAAUUACGAGGAAUAUCGUUUAGCUCAGGAAAGUUUCGAAUGUUAUGCAUUAUAUCAUAAUUACAAAUGGAUUAUUAUUGAUUUGUCGGCGAAUGUUACAUUACAAAGAUUAUGUCCACACAGAGAUUUUAUGUUUGCUCGACAUUGUGUCACAGCAGAAGUAAUGAAAGAUACAAAUGACAUUCAAUGGUUUUUAUUUAUUGACGCUGAUAUGGGUGUUAUUAAUCCGAAUCAUUUGAUUGAAGAAUGGAUUGAUAACAACGUAAAUCUCAUCUUAUACGAUCGAAUUUUCAAUCAUGAAGUAAUGGCUGGAAGUUAUUUAGCGAAAAAUACUCCGUAUUCUCGGAAAUUUCUUCAAUUUUGGGCAAACUAUGAACUAAAAUUUUCAUUCCCAGGUUUUGGUUCAGAUAAUGGUGCAAUUCAUAAUGUUUUGCUGGAAGUUAUAUUUCCGGAAAGAAUAAAAGAAAGAAAACUUUGUGAAAAUAUUUGGAUGCAAGUGAAUAAUUUCGAUGAUUUAAAUGUUUACGUUGCUUGCGUUCGAAACAUUACCAAUGAAGCAACAAUUUGGCCUAACCAAUUGCGCAUCAUUCCAAAAGGUAAAGCAUGGGCUCGUGAUACUUGGCUUACAGAUUCGAUGUGGAGUGAACGUGAUUUCAUUCUUCAUGGUUGGCAAAAACGAAGGAAUAAUCGGAUUAUAUUUGGUGGUUGGCCUUCACCAUUUGUAUCGCAUAAUUUCAAUCUUUCACUUUGUACUAAUUUUGAUACAGUUUCCCUAAAUUGGAAAUACAAGGAUACAUUUAUAAAAAGUAACAUUGAAGUAGAAGGUUGGCUUAAUAAGACAAUUAUUAAUUCGAUGUAUGAUUUCGAGAAACAUUUAAAAUUGGUAUCAGUCAACAAAAACAAUAAUUUUUGA